AUGAGGUUUGCAUGCAUCACGUUGCUUCUCGUCUCCUGCAGCGUCGCGCUGCUCAACGUCAACGAAGCGAAUCAGGCUGAGCAACUAAUAAGGCUGACUCAAUCCAAGAGAUCGACAUGGUCGGAUCAACCUGACCCAUGGCUCGAUCUCGACGCCGCCGACUCGGCCUCCUCGUCGGCCUACGUCGGCCCUCAGGAUGGCCUGAGGGACGCCGAUAAGAUCACAGCAUUGCCGGGGCAACCCCGCGGCGUUGACUUCGAUCAGUAUGCAGGGCACGUGACGGUUGACCCGCAGAAGGGGAGGGCGCUGUUCUACUACUUCGUCGAGUCCCCUCGCGGGUCUUCGUCCAAGCCUCUCGUCUUGUGGCUUAACGGAGGGCCAGGGUGCUCCUCUCUGGCAUAUGGAGCCAUGGAAGAAUUCGGCCCUUUCAGAGUAAAAAGCGAUGGCAAAACGCUGGAGAGAAAUCCUUAUGCUUGGAAUGAAGAGGCCAAUGUGCUCUUCUUGGAAUCCCCAGCAGGGGUUGGCUUCUCGUACUCGAAUACUACCACAGAUUAUGAUCAAAGCGGAGACAAUAGGACCGCGGAAGAUACAUUUACCUUUCUGCUAAACUGGCUGGAGAGAUUCCCCCAAUACAAGAAUCGCAUGUUCUUCAUCGCCGGGGAGAGUUACGCCGGCCACUACGUCCCCCAACUCGCCUCGCUCAUACUGCACCGCAACAAGCUCGCCAACCAGACUCUCAUCAACCUCAGUGGCAUUGCAAUCGGGAACGCUUAUGUUGAUGACGCAACCAACAGCGAAGGAAGGUACGAGUUUCUGUGGAGUCACGCACUGAUAUCCGACGAGACAUUUGCUAGAAUUCGUCGAUCCUGCAACUUCUCUGCCAUCAUAAACCAAGAGUGCAACAAAGCUACAACAGAUGCCGAUGCAGAGGCCGGAAACAUUGAUCCUUACAAUGCAUAUGCUCCCGUUUGCGUCGACUCCAACAGUUCUUCUGAGUCUGGCAUAUCGAUGGCCGACAUAGAUCCCUGCUCGGAUACUUACGUGGAGGCGUACCUGAACGAUCCUGAGGUGCAAAGGGCUCUCCAUGCGAAUGUUGCCAAGAUUGAUGGACCAUGGAGUUCUUGCACUGAUCUCCCUUGGAAUGACAGUCCUAAGAGCACAGUGCCGGUCAUGAAGCAGCUCGUCGACAGUGGGUUGAGGGUGUGGCUAUUCAGUGGUGAUACCGAUACGGUGUGCCCGUACAGAGGCACGGUUGAGGCAAUCAAAAUCAUGAAGCUGCCGAUCAAGAACCCAUGGCGUUCGUGGUAUUCCGACAAACAGGUAGGAGGCUAUGUAGUUGGCUAUGGAGGAGGACUGACGCUCGUCACGGUAAGGGGAGCAGGGCACAUGGUUCCGAGCUACCAACCGGAGCGAGCAUUGUUGAUGUUCUCCAGUUUCCUCCGUGGAGAGCUCCCACCACCUUCUUCCUAA